AUGGCUUCUGAGCAGGAGAAACUCGCCCAGAUCGCUUCCAUCACUGGCUGCAGCCUCAACCAGGCUUCCUUCUUCCUCGAGUCGGCUGGGGGCGAUGUCGAGGCCGCCGUCGCCGCCUUCUUCGACAACCCGCAAGGAGAUGACGACGCCGCUGGAGGAGCUCCCGCCCAGCUUGUAUUAGGGUCGAGCCAACAAGGUGCUGCUCCGGCACCUCCGGCACCUCAUUCAUCGACGCAGGCGACACAGUCGAGCGGAGCGUACACUUUGAGCGGAGCGCCGGUUGACCCUCUCCCGGCUGGAUGGGGCCAGAGGAGCAGCGCGUCGAGCAGCCGUUCUGCGACGCCUUCGAACCCGAUGCGCUCGACCGGAGGACCGCGCAUCACCGGCUUCCGCGACCUUGCUUCCUCCUCCACCGGCCCUUCGUUCCCUCCAAGCGGCGACGACGAUGAUGACGACCACGACGACGAGGGACGCGACCCGACACACUUCUUCGCAGGCGGAGCAAAGAGCGGUCUUUCGGUGGAGAACCCGGACGACCAGCGCCGUGGCGGAGUUGGUGGCAUGUUGAGGGACAUUCUGCAGCAGGCUCGCGAGGGCUCUCGUCGCCUUGCUGGUGGAGGAGACGCGGAUGAGCAGCCUAGGCCAUCCUUCUUCACGGGCAGCGCACACACGCUCGGCUCGGACGAAACGCCCUCUACAUACAUUCCGGACCCGAACGCGAAAGAGCAGGACGAAGAUGAGAACGAAGAGGAGGAAGUCGCGAUCCGCCACUUGACGUUCUGGCAGGACGGUUUCUCGAUCGACGACGGAGACUUGAUGCGCUACGAGGACCAUCGGGAGCUCUUGGCGGCAAUUCAAGCAGGGCGUGCGCCCAUCUCCUUCCUCAAGGUCAAGCACGACCAGCCCGUCGAGCUCCGCAUCGCCGAGCGCCGUAGCGAGAAGUGGACUCGCCAGGCGCCGCAGCCGUCAGGCCCGUUCACUGGCUCGGGCAACCGCCUCGGUUCCGGCUCACCCUUCCCUGAGUCGAGUCCCGCUCCCUCCCCUGCUCCCGCGACAACCGGCUCGACUCGCAUGUUCAGUGGACUGAUCGGCAAUCCGAAAGCGCCGGACGCUCCCGUCAGCGGCGACGUUCAGUUCGAGGUGGACAGGAACGAGCCAACGACGCAGGUGCAGAUCAGGCUGAGGAACGGCGAGAGGAUGGUCGCUACGUUCAACCAUACGCACAACGUCGGUGACAUCCGCCGCUACAUCAACGCGUCCCGACCAGGCGAGGCUUCAAGCUCAUACGUCUUGCAGACGACGUUCCCGAGCCGCGACCUCACGGACGACUCGCAGACGAUCAAGGACGCCGGCUUGAUGGGUUCGGUGGUGAUGCAGCGGCCGGUCUGA